ACACACAGGUGUGGAUUAGAGGGAGAGUACAGCUUUAAGACUGAGGCGCUUUUUUUAGAGCUUUUCCCUCAGAUUAGUUUUGCUAGCCGCUAAACCUGCCUGUGAGAAUAUUUAACUACACCUGUAAUCAGGUUUAAUAUCGAUUAUAUCUGAUAUCCCCGAGCUGCUGGAGGCUGUGCGGGACGGAUAGUUUGUGUUGUGGGAUAAUAAUCGAUAUUUUCGCUGUUUGAGUUUUUGUUUUACCUCAGAGCUGAGGUAAAGUUAGCACACAGGCUAGCUAGGUUAGCUUAGCUUAAGCUUUCACUGCAUCUCUUCAGAGCAGCAGAGCUUAGCAUGCUGGCUAGCUAACCUAGCUAGCUAAUAUGCCGCAGCUCGGGAAGGUCGGAGAUGUUGUAUUAUUAGAGAAGAUCGGGGCGAGGUUCGGGUCCGGGCUGGAGGUUUGGACCGGUCAGUUCUGCGGUCCUGUGGGUUUCACACCUUAAACCCGCUAAUUUAUGGAUCAGAGAUGGAGAUGAUUGUGCUGCUCACAGCUCUGCUGGUCGGACAAGUCUCUGUCUGGAACGUUCUGGGGUUCGAUGAGUUGCGGGUGAGGCUGGGCAGUGUGGAGGGGUCCCGCUGCUCUGGCCGUGUGGAGGUGUUUAUAGGUGAGCGGUGGGGCACAGUGUGUUCUCAGGGGUGGGAUCUGCGGGAUGCAGCAGUGGUGUGCAGAGAGCUGGACUGUGGCUUCGCCUUCACCACACGGCCGGGGGCACACUACAGCCGAUCCAUCGGGGAGGUGUGGUGGAGGAACGUCGGGUGCUCAGGGGACGAGUUCACACUGGACCUGUGCGAGCGCACCACCAACGAUGGAGUGUGUUUACACAACGAAGAUGCAGGAGUGGAGUGCACAGAUAAACUUCCUGCGCCCACCCUGACCAUGCAGUCCCCCUUCUCUGCGUAUUCAGCUGGAGAGGCUGUCCUCUUCACCUGCACUGCCCCCUACUGGCGGCACCCUAUUGAUUUCUACCUGUAUAAGAGUGGUGUGGACACUCCUCUGGUGACGCAGCGGGCAGAUUUCAGACAGACGCGAGUGGAGCUGACCCUGUCUGACCUGGAAACCUCUCACCAGGGCAGCUACAGCUGCCUCUACCGCCUCCAGGGUAACCCUGGCAACUCGCCAUCCAGCAACAUCAUCAACAUUACUGUCUUGGAGAUCCACACGCCUCAGAUCUGGUACAACGCAUCUCCAACAGCGCGGCCAGGGUGGGUCAACCGAGGGCAGAGUUUUAACGUGACCUGUUCCACUCAGCCACAGUACCCCGGGGGAUCAUUUCAGCUCCGUCUGAUCCGACCCAACGGAACCGUGCGCCAUUCUCUGCCUGCCCUCACGCCCUUCGUCACCUUUAGCUUCCCUAAUGCGCAGGCCUCCAAUGAAGGCUACUACUGCUGCCUCUAUAAGGUCCAGUUCGGCGGACGCACUUUCGUCUCCAGAGAGAGUCAGCCGCUCGCCAUCAACGUCCGAGGAGCCGAUCCGGUUCUGAGCCCUGUUCUCAUCAGCCUGCUGGUGUCCGGCCUGACCUUUGUCACGGCAACCUGUGCCAUCCUGAUUGUGGCUAAAGUUUACUGUAAGAGAGCGAAGAAGCCCACAGAACUGGAACGCGAGUCUAGAACCUGUGUGGACAACACGUACAUCGCCCUGACGAUAAAAUAACGCCAGAGUGAUUGAUGGUGAGAUUCUUCACCUGUUAUCAUAAUGAGCAAAAGAACCAGAGGAUCUGUUCUAAGGCUCUGAUGUCGUUACAGGAUUCGAAUGUAGACCUGGACGGGUUUCUGCUCCAGACUGACCAAGCUGAAAGUGAGGCAGAAACCAACAAGUAGCAAUAACCACUUCAGCUCAUCUUUAAUUACAUCAAAGACCAAUCAGAUAUUCUCCGACAGCGAGCGGAGGAUCUCUGCGGAGCUUCGACAUAUCCGCACUGUCACUGUGAGGGUCCUCAGACCGGGUCGACGCUGUGCUGUGACUGAUGUGUGUGAUGGCUAAGUUCUAUCAAGACGUCCUGACGACAGGUUCUUCCAGUCCAUUAGAAAAACCUUCAGCAGACUGUAAUCUCAGUACCGUGGGUUUUAGACUAAUUUUACACUAAUGUCUGUUUUUGUUAUUUUGUGUAAUUUAUUUAUUUUUUCUACUUCUGUUUGUUUAUGAAAUUGUUGAGAUUUGAACAAAAAGAUCCAGUGAUAUCCAGACAGACAGGCAGGGAGACCAUCUCCACCACUGUGCAGCAUCCAGACUUGAAGAUUUACACACUAAAACAGCAUCGAGUUUCUCCUGUAAAACAUGCACUUUAAAAAUGUGUUUAUAAUCUGAUUACUGCAGUUUAAAUCUGAUUUAAUCAAGUAAUCAUGUAAAUAACAUUUUAAAAUCUGAUUAAGAAAUCAGAUUUUAUUUCAGAUCUCUCAGAUCAUGUUUAUUCAUAACUCUUAAUCAAAGUUUUCUCCAAUAUCUCAAGGCUGUGCAUAUUUGAAAACUGAUGGUGUAACUGAUCACAAAUCUCACAAAUUAAAUCAUGUCAUGGAUUUUGAGACUGAUCGGAUCACUGUCCGGAUUAGAAUGUUAAAUUAAGAAAGUUAAAUUAGUCUAUGUUUUCUUUUCAUGAAAAUAUAAACACUGUCUGUAGUGACUGGGGUAUUUGUAUGCUGGUUUCUGCAGCUUCCACUCUUUAACUGCUGUUUCUUACUACCUGAUUACUGCCUGUCCCUUUAAUUAACUUUACCUCUUCCUGAUUUGCUCUUUUUGUUGAAGGGCGGGACUUCACCCCAAAUAGGGCUUCAUGAUUUAGAGAUAUCCCAAUCGUACAGCAGUCUGUGGCCAGUCACUUUAUUAUUUAGGUCUGUGGCUGUCAGUCACAAAGCUUUAGGGCAGCAGAAGAUGCCAUGGAUAAUUCUUUCUGUUUAUUAAGAAAUCGCAUAAUAUUAAUACUAAAGAGUGUGUGUGAGGUUUGGUCCUGGUUUGUUCUCUGGCACACUAUUUACUUAAUGCUUAUGUCACGUCUUUUUCUGAGUUUAUUUCCUGGUUGCAAAGCAAACAUCUGAUUUUUACCUGAUUUAAGUAAACUCGCAUGUUUACAAGUUCACGUGCACAUGAUUACUAGAUUACUGAGAAACUCAGAUUUUCUGCAGUAAUUGGAUUAUUGGAUUGGAUGCCUCUUAUAAUGAAGUGCAUGUACAACACUCUCUCACUAAUUUAAACCAAAAAUGACAGAAUUAAAAAACUGCCACUGAUCUGGAUCAGAUUCAGUCCCGUACAGACACACACCAAUCAUGUGCUGGCUUGCUGGAUGGAUUUGCCAUGGUGGAGGUGGGUGAGGGUGGGGUGGGUUACUGUGGGAGUUUGUGUGUUUCUUUGUCUGUAAUCAGUGAUGAUUGACAGAUUGAACAACAUUUGUUUACCCUGUCUGAUCAGACCCUGGAUCUGACGGAGGAUCAGGAGAGAAACAUUGAGCUGUAUGGUCAGAUCAUUUUUAAAGUUUUUUUUUUUUUUUUUCCAUCUUCUUGAUACUUUUGAUCAAACUGAUCUUUUUGGCAUUAAAAGCCUCACUAAAC